AGCUGAGAAGGGAGAUCCUCUUGACUCUUUCAUCUAACCCACACUCACACCUUCCUAUUCUCUCUUUCAUUUCUUUCUCGGCCGGCCAUAAUCAGGGUUGGUAGCAUCAUUGUGUAUUGCUCAUGGAUUAUGGUGCUGAGUCUUCUAAUGGAUAUCACGACAUAGAGAGGAAUAGCGUGGAGGAUGAGGUCUCUACCGAGACCAGUGCAGGGCCUGACGAAUUGAAGGAUUUGAAAGCAGAAGAGAUGCCAGAGAAGGCAACAGAGGAUCGAGAGCAUUCCCAUGAUCGGGGAGAAAACGGCCAUCCCGAGGAUAAUAUUGGAGAUGACGAUCCUUCUGACACAUUUAGUGCUUCGGAUUCUACUCUGCUGCAUGAAAAUCUUGACGCUCCUCAAGAGGCGGAGAACUUUGAGGAGGCGGUUUCCAUUGCUUCUGAGUCUGGCGAACCCAUGGAGGGGGAGGCAGAAGUAAUUGUUAAUCAGGAGGGACUUGAUAGCAUUCAUUUGGAUGGAAUUGAUUCUGGAGGGACCGUAGAUGGAGUAUUGGGUAAUGAAUCAUACGGUGCAGGGAAGGAUGAGUUGGAGGGCAGUGAUGAGAAUGCUGGAAAGGCAUCAUCUGAGUUAAACACAGAUGUAGUUGUUAGGGAGAAUGCUGGCAUCACAAAUAUUAGCUCUGGUUUAGCGAGCGAGAAGACUGAAAAUGAGGAGUAUUUGACUCCAAGUGCAAACGGAGGUCUGGUCUUGGAAAAUGAAUGUGGAGACAGGGUGGAUACUGUUGUUUCUGAAUCUUAUACAGAAUCUGAAGCCAGUGAGAAGAUUCUGGAUGAAGGUGCUGGUUCUAAGGUUGAAGAUUUGGAGGGAAGUAUCAAGGAUAUUGUAUCUUGGGAUGGCAGUACUGAGGAGCAGUCUAAUGCUCCAGGCAAACCUCAUCAUGAAAUUGAAGAUAAUAGUGGUGAAGAAGUACACGGCAGCUCAGCUCACGUGGCUGCAGAACAUCAGGUUGAAACUACUGGGGAUGUAAAUUAUGAAGUCCACGGCACUGAUAUAAGCCACGAGAAUAACUAUACUGAAGGGUUGUGUAUAUCUGAUGAUAAGAGUACUGAAUGUGAAGAUCAUUGCAAUGUGAAUGCAAAGGAUACUACGGCUGGAUCAGACUUAGAGCAUAAGGAAGCAGUAACUGAACUAGGAGACGCUUCCCCCAUUCCACUGGAAUCUGUGGGGGAGAGGGCAAUGGACCUGGAUGCUGGAAGCUCAUCUUUGCAAAAUCCUUCUACUGAUAAGGAAAGUAUUCAAGCUACAGUGGCUGAAUUUAUUGAAGGAACGGACAAAAGUUAUCCAUCUCAAAACGAUGACAAAGAAUUUGUUGGGGGCUGUGAUGGCUCCCCUGUUGUUGAGGAGCCUGAAAAAUUACAGGAGAAGAAUGUCAAAGAGAAGCAUGCCCCUCACAUCACUCAAGAACAGAAUGUUCAGCAUGCUGGGGAGCCUGUUUCUUCAACUGGAAAACCAGCUGUUACUAAUCCAUCUCCUGUUCGUCCAGCUGGCCUUGGGCGGGCCGCACCAUUAUUGGAACCUGCACCUAGGGUGGUGCCACAGCCUCGAGCAAAUGGUACUGUAUCUGGUACGCAGUCUCAACAAAUUGAGGACUCCUCAAAUGUUGAGGCUGAGGAGAAUGAUGAAACUCGAGAGAAACUUCAGAUGAUCAGGGUGAAGUUUUUACGCCUGGCUCACAGGCUUGGGCAGACUCCACAUAAUGUUGUUGUAGCACAGGUUUUGUAUAGACUAGGGUUGGCAGAGCAGCUCAGAGGGAGAAACGGGGGCCGUGUUGGGGCUUUUAGUUUUGAUCGGGCUAGUGCUAUGGCUGAGCAGCUUGAAGCAGCAGGUCAAGAGCCUCUUGAUUUCUCUUGCACAAUAAUGGUUCUUGGAAAAACUGGAGUUGGUAAAAGUGCUACCAUCAAUUCUAUUUUUGAUGAGGUUAAGUUCAAUACUGAUGCUUUUCAUAUGGGAACAAAGAAAGUUCAGGACAUCGUGGGAACUGUGCAGGGCAUAAAGGUAAGAGUCAUUGAUACACCAGGGCUUCUACCGCCCUUGUCCGAUCAGCGCCAUAAUGAGAGGAUCCUUCACUCUGUCAAACGGUUUAUCAAGAAAACACCACCAGAUAUUGUACUGUAUCUUGAUAGAUUAGACAUGCAGAGCAGGGAUUUUAGUGAUAUGCCACUGUUACGCACAAUUACUGAGAUUUUUGGGCCAUCAAUAUGGUUCAAUGCUAUUGUGGUUUUGACUCAUGCGGCAUCUGCUCCACCUGAUGGUCCUAAUGGUACAGCCUCUAGCUAUGAUAUGUUUGUCACCCAGCGUUCUCAUGUUGUGCAGCAAGCUAUUCGCCAAGCUGCUGGAGAUAUGCGACUCAUGAAUCCUGUAUCAUUGGUAGAGAACCACUCUGCAUGCAGAACAAAUAGGGCUGGGCAGAGAGUGUUGCCAAAUGGCCAGGUUUGGAAACCUCACUUAUUACUUCUGUCUUUUGCAUCAAAAAUUCUUGCGGAAGCAAAUGCUCUUCUUAAGUUGCAAGAUAGUCCACCUGGAAAGCCUUACCCAGCUCGGGCUAGGGCUCCACCACUACCUUUUCUAUUAUCAUCUCUUCUGCAGUCAAGACCACAGUUGAAGACACCAGAGGAGCAGUUUGGUGAUGAGGACAGCAUUGAUGAUGAACUGGAUGAGUCAUCUGACUCUGAUGAUGAAACAGAGCUUAAUGACUUGCCACCUUUUAAACCUUUAACAAAGGCCCAACUGGAACAACUGUCUAAAGCUCAGAAGAAGGCAUAUUUUGAUGAAUUAGAAUACAGAGAAAAGCUCUUUAUGAAGAAGCAAUUGAAGGAAGAAAAAAAGCAGCGAAAGUUGAUGAAGAAAAUAGCAGAAUCUGCAAAAGAUUUGCCGACUGACUUCAGUGAAAAUGCAGAAGAAGAAAGUAGCAGUGCAGCUUCUGUACCUGUUCCUAUGCCAGAUCUAGCGUUGCCUGCCUCUUUUGAUUCUGAUAAUCCUACUCAUCGCUAUCGAUAUCUUGAUUCAUCCAACCAGUGGCUUGUGAGACCUGUGCUUGAAACUCACGGAUGGGAUCAUGAUGUGGGUUAUGAAGGAAUAAAUGCAGAAAGAUUGUUUGUUCUUAGAGACAAGAUACCCUUGUCUUUCUCUGGUCAGAUUUCAAAGGAUAAAAAGGAUGCUAAUGUCCAGAUGGAAAUAGCCAGUUCCAUAAAGCAUGGGGAAGGGAAAGCAACUUCAUUAGGUUUUGACAUGCAGACUGUUGGGAAGGACUUAGCGUAUACCUUACGCAGUGAGACAAGAUUUUGUAAUUUUAGGAGAAAUAAGGCAACUGCUGGACUCUCCUUUACUGUCCUGGGCGAUUCAUUUUCAGGUGGAGUGAAAGUUGAAGAUAAAUUGGUUGCUAAUAAAAGGUUCAAGGUGGUUUUAACUGGGGGUGCAAUGACCAGUCGUGGUGACGUUGCUUAUGGUGGCAGUUUGGAGGCUCAAUUGAGAGAUAAAGAUUAUCCUCUUGGACGCUCGCUGUCAACUCUUGGUCUAUCUAUUAUGGAUUGGCAUGGGGACCUUGCGGUUGGCUGUAAUUUACAAUCACAGAUCCCUGUUGGAAGGCAUACAAAUGUCAUUGCCCGUGCCAAUUUGAACAACAGAGGAGCGGGACAAAUCAGUAUUAGAUUAAAUAGCUCAGAACAACUUCAAAUCGUUUUGAUUGGGCUUGUCCCUCUACUUAAGAAGCUUGCUGGUUAUGCUCAACAGCUGCAGUUCGGACAAUGACGACAAUGAUAAAGUUAGUUUUUCUAUGCUGCGACACUUGCGGGGUAAUACUCUUAGGAAUAACUUUCAAGAUAGCAUGUCUUGCUGGUCACCAUGAAAUGAGUGAUACUAAGUUGCUUCAUGUGUUUUAUACCUACAAGUAUCUUCUUUGAUCUUAGUCUUUGUAGCUUCCCUUCUUAGAUGUUCACCUCCGGUAUUUUUGUUGCAUCAUGCUAUUGGAUUUCAAGUAAUGCAUCUUUUGAGUAAUGUCUAUUUUAAUUACCUAUGGUUGCGUGGAUUUAUUUGUUUUAUCUUAUGGUGUUAUCACUUGGCUUUCA